UUAUUGACCUGGCGGGAUUUCAUGAGGUUGUGGUUCGUUUCCCUCGUCAAUUUUGGCGCUGAGUGAGUGGAUGGUGCGGUUGAUGUAGCGCCGACACUGCUGCUUCUCACUGGCCGCAAACGGCUGAGACAGCGACUUCAACUGAGAGUGGCCCGACUUGCCUGUAGACAAGAAGAGCAACGACUCAUUUUGGCUGGCGGGUCUCCUUCCAAUGCUUACCCGCGCUGGCUGCGAUGUGUUGAAUGAGUGCCAUGAGCUGCCUGGCGCGGCCUGUCGAUGGCCGCGGAACGGGCACACCAUACAGCUCAAGAGACACACACUCUUCCGCAUCAUACCCUGGCAGCCAGCCAACACACACCCACACCCACAUGAUGUUGUGACUGAGUCGUUUCGGUUACCAGUGAAGGCGAGCUGUGCCAUAAUGUUCUUCCACUGCUCCUGAGUCAACGUGGCCCUGUCGCCCCUCGCGCCCCUCUCAAACGCUCCCUGUGCAUGCUGCUGCUUGACGGCCAUCCUGCCAAGCUCACUCACGGUCUCCUUCCUCAGCUCUCGCGAUGUGUUUGGGACAAUGUCCAGGUCUUUGAGCAUCGUCAACAAGUCGGCCAUGCGGAUCACCUUAGACCCCUGAAGACGCAGGCAGCUGUUUGAGCGGGCUGGUUCGCUCGCCGGGCGUGUUGUGUGUGCUCACCUCACCUGUGCUUGCUGGUCGCGUCCCCUCGGAACCUACACAUUCACAACACAGACAUGGCCGCAUUGCUGCAGGGCGUGUUACGUGAAGUGUGUCUUUGUCCGUUUGGCUUGCGUCUCUUACUGACUGUGUGAUAGGACCCAAACAGGCGGUCAAGGGGCGUCUGAUAGGCCUUGAACACCUGAUUCACCUCCGUCUCCUCCUGCCGAGUCAGGUCCACCCACCGCACCACCUCUGCCGGCUUCUCUGCCUCAAUUGGUCGUUGAGGCCUUGCUCUGGCCCUUUUGCUGGGAGACCUAGCCACUUGGCCCACAGGCUUCUCUUCCGCAGCUUGUGCAGGUGGCGGUGGGGCCUCAGCCUCAUUCAUCGACGCCGAAGGGACGGAUGAGGCGGCUGCUGGCGGAGGGGCGCGAGGCUUCCUCUUCUCAUCCUUCUCCUCCUUCUUGUACGGCUCGCGGUGGGGCUUGCGAGGUGCUUGCUUUGCUUGAGGCGGCUCGAUAGGCUGAUCAAUCGACCACCACAGACAAGCAAAUGAGCAGGCGAGCAAGCAAACGUCGCCAUUGCCUUCUGUGUCUGCGUUGAUGGGCCCACCUGCGAUACGGUUGUAGGUGUGGUCCUGUCUGCCUCUCCCUCCUCCUCUGUCUGUUCGUCAUCCGCCAUGAAGUCCUCACCCUCAACACCCAUCAUGACGUCCAUGUCCCGCCGCCGACGCUCAUCGUCCUCCCGCUUCAGCUGGGCCAGGAACUCCUCCUUCGACAGCCGCCGCAUCGUCAUGGCCUCCUCCUCGGCCUCGACCGACUGCAGCUCCUUCAGCAGAGACACUUCUAGCGAGGCGAGGUCUUCUUUCCAGUAGGCCGCCAGGACGCGCAGCUCCUCUUGGAAGGCGCCGAAGGUGCGGAAGUAAGCCCUGGGGGAGGUCAAGAGGGGUGCGUCUGUGUGCAUGGACAUCGAUCGUGUCGCCUUUCUUUGCGUACCGACACAGGUCAAAGAUGUCCCUCUGCAUGAUGGUUGACACGGCCGGGAGCUGCAUCUGGAUGAGCUUGGCCAGCACCUCCACUGCCACAGUCCGUUGAUGCGUCUUGGCCCUCUCAUCUUCAUCCAGCAGCACACCGUCCCUCGAGGAGCCCUCAGGGCUGGGCACUGGCUGAUUGCGGACGAUGCUGGUGAGAGCGUUCUUGGUGAAGCGCGACAGCCACUGCUGCAGCGCCGUGUCUGCGGCGAAGCGUGCACAGAUGAUCAAGAGGGGGAUGGUGGCCGCACGGCUGAAGAUGACGUCAUUCAACACAUACUGCCCAGAGAGGUCGGCCAGAAGCAGUGCGUGGCGGGGACCAAGCCUGCAGACAGAGACAUGAAGAGAGCACUAAAAAGUCAGGUUCACGGGCGCCUCAUCGGCCUGCGUGACCUUCUAUGUUUGGCCAUGACGAUGAAGAGCUCCAAGUCCCUCAUGCUGCCCUCCACCCCCUGCAGCUUCAGCUGCUUCACGUAAGGCUCGAUCAACACACCUACAGGGACGCCAUGCGUCGUCUUGAGAAACUGCGCCAGCCUCGCCACCAUGAAGUCCCUUAUUGGAUUCUGCGACGACCGCAUCAUGCAGCAUCUAUCGGCCACCUCCACACCGCCACCUUCUCCUUCUGCCGCACUCCCACGCGGCUGCCCCAUCGCCCCCAGCUCGAUCAGCGUAAACACAACCGUCCGGUACACGAGGGGCGUCAGUGUCGAUCGCCGAGCGCACAGCUCGUCCAGGAGGGAGAAGAAGCAUGUCAGGGCCGUCAGCUGAAUGGUUUUGCUGCGGUUGAGGGCAGAGGCCUUGAGCGUGCCGAGGAGCCUGGCCGCCAAGUCCUCCUUGCGGGCCAUCUGGACGGCAUAGAUGAGCCAGACGUCCGUGAGAAGCAUGAGCGCCUUCUCCCGUGUGGAGCUGUCGCGCCCUGUGGCCGCCUGUAGAGCCGAGAACUCCAUGACAUACUCCGCCGCCCCCUGCCGCAGAAACAGCUCCAUGGCCGUGCGGUUCCUCAGCAGCGGCAUGAUCAGCUCGUGCACGCUCUCCAGAUAUCUCGACGCAUCUGUGGCGAGCUGCUUGAGAUGUGCAGCCACAAGGGGCAGGAAGGCGUGUUCGGAGCAGUGCUGGAUGACGGACAGAGUGGACGUGCGGAUGGCGGGGUGCGUGUCCAGCAGGGUGAGUGUGUGUCGGAGGCAGCCGGACUGCACGAACCAGCUGUAGAGGUCCUCUGACAGGUGGGCCUGGCCGAGCUGCGUGGCGCAUGUGCUCACCAGCCGGCACGACCACUCAAUCACCUCAGCACUCGGAGAGUGAAACCCUGCACACAACACCAAACAGAAGUUCGUUCAGCCGCCGCGUAUUCUUUUGUUGCUCCUUCUGACCUUUGGCGAGCAGAGACAUGAUGAGUGGGAGUGGCGCGGGAUCUUCCACCAGCAACUCACACAGGAAGUUUGCCUGGUACAUCUGCAGCCUCUCCAGCCAGCCCGCCAGCGCCCCAUAGUCCCCAUGCAGCCCCGUGUGCAUCAGCCUCCCCAACAGCUUCCCGCUCUCAGCCAGCAGCGCCAUCGUCUGUGCCGGCGACAGUUCCAGGUCACGUACGAGCGAUAAAGCUAGCAGUUCCAGGGCAGAAGUGGCGUGCUCCGGCAUGCGCGAGGGCGUGCUCAGGGCCUCCAUGUCCAACAGCGCCACUCGAUGCCGAUUGGAAUCGUCCGGACUGCUUGGUGUCUCCUCCGUUCUCCUCGGCGUAGAUCUCUCGUGGUUGACGUGAUUGUUGAGGGCGACGGGGGGUGGGAGGGGAGGGAAGUUCGGCAGCGGCUCGCUUGCCCGUUCGUGGAUCGGUGGGGGAAGGGAAGGCGCCCUCGGGGCUGGUGUCUCGUCAACAGGGAGGGUGGGGUGCGGCUGCGCAGGCCGUUGGGCGCUCUUCUUCCUCUUGCCAGCAGACGGCGGACUGGAGAACUGCAUCGGCGCCCUUGGUUCUUUUUGCGGUGGGGGAAGGGGUGGGGAAGCAGCGCUACUGCUCGCCUGCGGUGGGCGUUGUGCGUAGCCUCCUUUGUGCUUGGCUGCAUAGCCGGACUUGUUUCGAGCUGCUUUGGGGGACUGCGAUGACGCCCUUGGGCCAUCUGUCGCUGCCGAAGGGCCAUCUGUCGCUGCCGAAGUCGACGCGUUGGCCUUGGUUGCUUCCCGCUGCUGUGCCUUUGGGCUGACGGAGGAGGCCAUUCUCGAGUAGCCCUGUUUCCCCUGACCCCCCUUGCUGUCCUUCGCCGCCCUCUCCUGCUGUUGCCGCUCGUGCAACCAAUCUUUGUAGACGCCAUGCAGCUCGGUCAGCAGCUCGGUCAGCAUCUCCGUGUCGCCCUGGGCUAUGAGGCCUCUCGUAUCAGCGUCCAACUCGACGUCGAACUCCUCAAGCGAUGCAGACAGCUGCUCCCAGUGCAGGAGCUUCGCCGAGGGUGAGUGGAGGUGGGCGUUGACCUCAGGCACCGUUCUGGAUAUGCCGUGCUUCCGAAAGAUGGCCUUGAGCAACUCUGCCACCCGAUGACCGUUCUCGAAUGUUUGCACCACGAGAGGCGGGAGGGGCACCUUUCCAUUCUCUGGCAUGGGGCUGCGGGACGACGCGGCGAUUGGCGGCUCUUUGACAACGCCGAAACUAUGGAUGAACUUGUAUACCUCAAUGGGAAGCUCCAUCGAGCUCACAGACACGCUGCUUUGACCAGACGCCAUCAGUCAACAGAGUUUCGACCUGAACCUGAAGGACAGCGCAUGGCAUUGCACAUGCCACAUUGUCACACGCAUCCAUCCGUCUAGUGCGACGCACUUACCUUUGCCUCUGAGUCUUGAGCGACACACUGACUGACAACAGACGCCCUUUGCUAUGGUCUUCGAGGGGAAAGGACUUGAAGGAAAAAGACUGCGGGCUUGGGGGAUAGUGGGGGUCAAGACUGAUGCAUGCAACAGGG